CCCGCGAUAGCGUUGCCACUAAACCCGUGGAGAAGGGGGAAAUACGACCAACCACGCGUCACGCAAUUCACCACUGCGCCGGCCCAAGGAGAUUAAAACGCUUGCUGAUGAGUGGUGGCAUGAAAUAAACAUUCUUCAGCUUCGGACUGGAGACUAGAAACUACCUAAUCAACCAAGCGAUUGGCCUAUCACGAACCAUGGCCAAGGUCUUCAGUGCAGAGGAAGUCGCGCAGCACAGGUCCGCCGAGAGCUGCUGGGUGGUGCUCUACGGGAGUGUCUACGACGUGACGGAAUUCCUACCGUCGCACCCUGGCGGUUCCAAGAUCAUUCUUCAGCUCGCGGGGCGCGAUGCCACCGAGGAGUUCGAUCCGGUCCAUCCGCCAGGGACGCUAGAGGAAAACCUCAAGCCAGAGGCCAAACUGGGCACCGUCGAUCCCGAGAGCCUGGCGAAGUUCCAGCAGCAGCACAAGCCCAGCGAGGCCGCUGCGAGCCAGGCCGCCACCAACCAGGCCGGAAAGCUAGCGCCGCCGCCGUUGCACACGCUCCUGAAUCUCAACGAGAUUGAGGAGGUUGCCAAGACGCAGGUGUCCAAAAAGUGCUGGGCCUACUACUUCUCGGCCGGCGACGACCUCUUCAGCAAGUACUACAAUGGCUCCGUGUUCCGCAGCAUCCUGCUGCGGCCGCGCGUCUUUGUCGACUGCACCCAGGCUACGACGGCGACGACGCUGCUCGGACACAGGGUCGGCACCCCGCUCUACGUGUCGCCGGCCGCCAUGGCGCGUCUGGCGCACCCCGACGGCGAGGCCGGCAUUGCCAAGGGCAUCUCGAGCUUCGGCGCCAUGCAGCUCGUGUCCAACAACGCGUCCAUGACGCCCGAGCAGAUCGUCACCGACGCGCAGCCCGGGGCCGUCUUCGGGUGGCAGCUGUACGUACAGACGACGCGGGCCAAGAGCGAGGCCAUGCUGGUGCGCAUCAACAAGCUGCGCGCCCACUAUAAGUGCGUCGUGCUCACCCUCGACGCGCCUGUGCCGGGCAAGCGGGAGAUGGACGAGAAGAGCAACCUCGAGGCGCAGGAGGUGGUCGACUCGGCGAGCAACGACAAGAGCGACACCGAAAAACGGCCCGGCGGCGGCGGCGUCGGCCAGCAGCUGUUCUGGGGCACGGCGGCCGACCUGACCUGGGACACGACGGUGCCGUGGAUCCGCCAGCACACGGACCUGCCCAUCGUUCUUAAGGGCGUGCAGACCCACGAGGACGCCUACCUGGCGGCGCAGUACGCGCGCGAGCACCCGGGUUCGAUACGCGCCAUCAUCCUCUCGAACCACGGCGGCCGCGCCCUCGACACGGCGCCCCCCGCCGUCCACACGCUGCUGGAGAUACGAAAGUACUGCCCUGAAGUGUUCGACACCAUCGAGGUCUGGAUAGACGGCGGGAUCAAGCGGGGAACCGACGUCGUCAAGGCCCUCUGCUUGGGCGCAAAGGCCGUUGGCGUCGGGCGGGCUGCGCUGUUUGGGCUGGGUGCCGGCGGCUGGAAGGGCGUCGAAAGAACAUUCGAGAUCCUGCAGGGAGAGAUCGAGACUUGUAUGAAGCUGCUCGGCGUGAAGGAUGUGUCAGAACUGGGGCCACGAUUCAUCAACAGCCGGAUGGUCGAACGGGACAUAUUCGACGGCAGUGCUGAGCUCGACAAGGCGGGCUUGUGGACGUCUCGUGCGAAACUUUGAUGCAUGAGGCGAUGGGUUGUUUCGGCCAAGAAGUUGGCGAACCAGUAACAGGCAAACCAUGUCGUGGAGGUAAUUGCCGAUGCACCGGCUCGAGUCCGUCUCUGCAGGUUGGAUGAGACAUGCCAGAGACUUUGUACCCAUAGCCAUAACAUGCAUGCAUUGAAGGUGCUGGGAUGUGGGAUAGUAACGCAACAAGGGGGUUGGACGCUCGGAAAGGGGUUCUCCUUUUGGU